AUGGACUAUGGCCUUCCUUACGACGGUACACCCCCUCCCGAAGAUACCCCGAUUAUGACUGUAGAACCACAAGGACUCGAUAUGGCUUUGGACGACUUGCCUCGUCAAAGUAAAGAAAUCCCUGAACACGUCAAGAGUUUAAUGGGUCGGAUGAGUAAAGGGAAAGUGUAUUUAUUGGAUGAAAGUCCGGCCAUCGUGCAUCAUACGGGUGAUCAGAGAAUACGAGGGGAUCCUAAAAUGGCUCAAUUGGCUACACAGCUAGAUCAACACGAUCCUACUUCUUGGCUCGAAGCUGUGACAGAAGGUAGCCCCAGUCCCAUCCGUGCCAACGCUCUAUUCGUCAGUUCAGAAUUAAUAAAACAUCUCAGUACGUCCAAGGUGUUCACCUGGGCCACGGGCCUGGGUGCUGGUGUGAUGGGUAUCGAAUGGCUCAACGACACUACCCUCCUUCUGGUUUUUCCCACUCCCUCAGCCGCUUUACUAGGCUUAUCACUCAUCAGCAAAGCUGGUUUCGAUCCUGCCGAAGGUGAUGACCCUCUUCUCGAACGUUCCGCUCAUUCUUUUCCCGUCUCCCUUCUUCCCAUUUCAGAUCUCCUGACUGGUGAAGGCAAAGAACUUAUUCCUACUUCAACAGCUUCAGGAGGAGAGAUCCGACGUAAAGGUCGAGGAGCGUUUUCCGGAUCUUUGCAAAUUGACCAAACGGAAGAAAAGUCAGAUGAAGGAUUUGAGUUGGCACCAGGUGUCGAUCCUCUCGCUAGAGUUGCCAUACGUUAUGCUGUCGAAGAUGAUAAAUCGUUGAGAGAAAAAGCCAAGAGAUCAGAAUGGUAUGCUCGACAUGGGUAUGAUGCAGGUAGAGAAACAAGAACCGCUAGGGAUUUAGGUGGGAAAGAGGAGAUCACUUUCUCUGGAAGGGGUGGAGAAGAUGGAAGAGAAUUUGCCAAGAGGAUAGGAAAGGAGAGGAUAUCAUCUAGUAGAGGUAAAGGUAGACCAAGGAGAACAGGGGAUGAUUUAGAUAGGGAAUUGGAUGAUAUGCGUAGAGGGGAGACGGGAAGAGGAGAAAUGAUGGACAUCGAUAUGGACGUUGAUGAAUCUCGUCAAAGACGAAGGAGGGGGAAUGGUAGAAGAGAUGAAAGGGAGGGUAGAGGAAGGGAUGAUCUUGAUCGUGAAUUAGAAGAAAUGCUGGCUGCGAGAUCCAUAAGAUGA